AUGUCCGACUCAAAGCUGGGGGAAUGGAUAACAAACUCCACCGAAUCGUUGUUUCUUUCCAUGGUGCGCGCCCCAGAAGACAAGAAAGCAAUGGCAGAAGACGAGAAUUAUGAGGAUUUCAAUCCGGCUUUCACCUAUCCUAUAUAUGGAGAGGACGAAACGAUUUACGGCUUCAAGGGGUUGAGAAUUGAUCUUCGAUUUGCGUCAGGCUCACUUCUUAAUUCUCUUUCUGUUCGAUGGGACGAAAAGCUACAGUCAAACACAGUAGACAGUGUCGAGCCCAAACUACGCGAGUUCUUACCACAGGAUGUUGAAACAGAUGAAGAAACUUUUCAUAAACGAGUCGAAGAAGAUGCGCUAAAUUUCCGACCACUCGGACAACUCAUACAUUCAUAUACCAGGCCUUCACCGAAGUUCAAAGGGAAAGGGAAGCUCGCUCCAACGAACGUAGUAUUGGAUCCUGAAAAUGAAGAUGCUGUUGUGUAUGAGGUCUACCAUACAAGGCGGGAUACACCUGGUUUCUGGAAAUAUCAUCAGCGAAUGCAGAUAUUUAUUCCUCUGUAUAUCGAAGCUGGGUCCUAUAUCCAAGAGGACGAAAGUGAUUGGGAUUUUAUGGUCCUAUACGAAAAGCGGAAACGCACUGAUGCAUCUCAUAUACCAACAUAUCACUUCCUUGGGUACUCGUCGCUCUAUAACUUCUACUACUACCCCGAAAAGACACGCCUUCGGUUGAGUCAAUUCGUGAUCAUUGGACCGUGUCAGCGUAGUGGCCAUGGUUCCGAACUAUAUAAAGCAAUAUACAACUACGUGCUUUCGCAACCGCACAUCGGAGAACUCACAGUAGAAGACCCUGCCGAAGCAUUUGAGGAUCUGCGAGACAAAAAUGAUUUGAUGAUGUUACUCUCAAAUGAGACAUUCAUUAAGGAAGCGUUUGGUGAGGAUGCCGUCUCACAUGGCGGGGGCAGGGUCGGGAAAAUAGGAAAGGUGCUAAAAUCGAAGAAAGGAAAGAUGGGACCUCCAGUAGAAAAGGGAUGGGCAGAAAAGUGGAGAGUGAAACUGAAGAUUGCAGGGCGUCAGUUCUUUCGACUGGUCGAAAUGCUGAUCCAGAUGCAUAUUGACCCUCUCGACGAGCGAGCUAUGAAAGCGUACCGAUUGCAAGUGAAAGAGAGACUAUACCGGUUUAAUUUCGAAACGUUGAUGCAAGUGGAGAAAGAAGAAAGGUUGGAGAAAUUACAACAAACCUUUGAAAAUGUACAACAGGACUACAAACGGAUAUUAAAUCUGGUGAAGUAG